AUGACUAUUGAGCAGCUCAUGGGUAUGCAAGCUAAUCUGAUGCAAGCCAUGAUGAACCGUAUGAACAAUGAACCAGUAGCAGCACCACCGCUGGUUCAAGUCCGGGACAAGCGUGGGGAGUUCUUGAAAGGACGUCCCCCGGUGUUCACCCAUGCCUCUGAUCCACUGGAGGCAGACGACUGGUUAAAAGCAGUCGAGAAGCAGCUGAACAUUGCCCAAUGCAGCGACCUAGAGAAAGUGUUGUACGCAUCAGGCCAGCUGCAAGGACCUGCACAGGAGUGGUGGGAGUCCUAUCAAUAUGGACGCCCGAACAAUGCUCCACCAGUCACCUGGAAGGAGUUUACGGAAGGGUUCAGGUCCCAUCAUAUUCCGGAGGGCCUGAUAGAACUGAAAGUGGAAGAGUUCAGAUCUCUCAAGCAGGGAUCAAUGUCAGUCAGUGAAUAUCGUGACAAGUUUGCUCAACUGUCACGAUAUGCUCCAUAUGAGGUGGCCAGGGACUCUGACAAGCAGCGUCUCUUCCUAAAGGGUUUGUAUGAUGGACUGCAGCUGCAGCUGAUGAGCAACACCUACCCUUGUUUCCAAGAAUUGGUGAACCGCGCUAUUGUCAUCGACAACAAGCGCAAAGAGAUGGAUGCAAAGAAGAGAAAGCUCCAGUGGCAACCGUCGGGCAGCAACACUCGCCCAUGUGCGUACCCUCAGCAGGGAUUCCCUCAGCGCAGUCAAGGACCGCCGAAUCAGUGGAACCGAGGUCAGUUUCCACAACGUCCUCAGUACCACCAGUAG